AUGCGGAGCUACAGCUUCCAGUGGCUCCUCGCCGCGCUCACGACAACCCGGCUGUUCCACCAAGCACUCUCUCUACCAGACAACACAAUAGAGUUGGACCUGCUCUUCCCCCGUCCCGGAGGUACCUACGCCGAGACACCCUCCGGCCUGCCCGUCCUCAUCGCCCUGCACAACCCGGACGUCGCGUACCACUACGGCUGGGUCUUCUCCUGGGACGUAUACAAGCAACCGCACCGAGCCGUCCCGGGUCUACCAUUCAACACCAUCGGCGCCGUCAUCGGCAACGGCACAACCUACCCUGACAACCCGCACCUCGAGACGGCGUCGACGGGGCGUCUCGAGGCGGGCAAGUACACAUUCUCAUGGACCUUCCACACGGGGCCGUGGUGCGAGAUCUCCCGCAGCAGCGCAGAAUACGACCAUACGAAAAAGGUCAGCAACGGCACGUUCGAGUUCACCGUCGCGAGCGGCGCGCCGACGCCGACUUUUACCGGGACGUGCGCGACGGCUCUGGGGAUGGUGAGUUAUGUGUCGACGACGGUGUACGGGGGUUUGCCGUUCGACUUCGAGGCCGACACCGCGACGCAGACGCUGACCUGCGGCGUUACGACGAGCGUCACGGCAGAGCCGGAGCCCUGCAGUGCGAGUGUGGAUGCGGCGCAGGAGACGAGCAUAUCUAGCCGGCUUCACUGGGGCGCGUUUGCCACCGCCACUGCCUCUUCUUCGUCUACGACCGCGUCGCCUAGUGCCGGGUGUUUGUUGACGGUGUCGUUUUGGUCAUGGGUGGUUGUGUGGACGGCUGCGAUGUGGCUGGUUGUAUGA